AUGUCUACGCCAUUGAAUGUGACGGGCUCACCGGACGACUACGUCAGACUACUGGAGGGCGACGAAGGCCUGGUUGUUGCGCUCGCUGUGACUGUCAUAUCGAUACUGUUGAUCACCCUGAGUCUGAAGCUAUGGCUCACCUACAAGAGAGUCGCUCGAGAAGGAAUGCCUAGUAGCGCUAUCCUCACCUCAGAUGCUUUCUGGCUUGCAGCACACGUGUUCGGCUUCAUAUACAUAGGCACUCGAUUAUCGACGGUCAGCGAACUCACCGAUGGCCACCAGAACGACCUUACAGAAGGCCAGAGGCGCUCAGUUGCAAGCCUGAACGAGGGAUGCCAGGUCAUCUUCAUACUUACGCUCUACCUCAGCUAUGCGUCUGUACUCUGCACAGUCUUACUCGUCAGACGCCUUCCGAAACAGCUUCUCAUCUACAUUGCUCCUGUCGCAGUCAGCAUUAUUGGCCUUCUCCUGGCUACGCUACCGUUAAUCGGCUGCAGACCUCUGAGCAUACAUCUGCAACUACGAAGCUAUUGCGCAUCCUCGGUAUGUGUUCUGCGACUGCGCGAUGAGGAUAGACUGACAAGCAGACAGCCCAAACGCCUACUGGCUCCCAUAAUUGUCCUCAUGGUAUUGGAAGUCAUAACCUCGGUCUACUGGCCCAUUUUCGUCUAUCGUCAGCAGCUCUGGCGAGCUAAGGCGGGCGGAAUGACGAACAGUCGACCGUGGCCAGUCGUGCCGUUCUUUUUGCGCUUCUUAAUCGUCGGCGCACUCAUCGCAUACCUCGACAUCCACUUCAUGAUUCAUACCGAAGCAUGGCCCUACUCCUCAACCUUCUAUUGCGAGCUCGUCGCCAUCCUCUUCAGCCUAACAGCCACAACCUCCAUCUCCAUGAGCAAAGCCCUCGGCAAAUUCAGCUUUGGCGGCAUGGCCUAUACAGAAGACCCACGGUCCAGAACCUACGGUUUCUCAGGCGGUGGAGGCUCAAACUCCGGGAACAGAGGAGCACUGAGUAACAAUCAGGGCAGCCAAGUAGGACAGACGGGCCAAAGCUCCAGCGGCGGGAAGAAAUCAGUUCAUCCGCGUGAUUGGGCAGGUUGGGGCAACCAGUCGAACACGGUUAAGAACUAUGUCGGCAGUAACCUCAACACGAGGGGCAGUGGCGAGAGCGAGCGCGAGAUCUUGGGCAAUACCAUUAGUAGAAGGGUGGAAAUUGACAUACAAGAGGAGACUACGAGCGCAAAGUCGCAUAUGAGCAGUUUGUAG